CUUGCGAGCAGCACGCCUGCGUGAGCUGGCUCCUCAGCAGCGGUGCAAGGCGUGACGCAGUCGACGGCCGCGGUGCUGGACCAUUGAUGAUUGCGGCGGCGGCAGGGCGAUGGGACGCCUUCGGUGUGCUGCUGCCGCUGGAUGACGAGGGCCGCCUGGACGCAGGGCGGCCCGAGCUGCAUGCCACCGACUCCACUGGGCGCUCGCUGUUGCACGCCGCAGCGUACGGCGGCUCUCGCCGUAUGCUGCAGCUACUGGCAGACGCCGCCUUUGACCCCGCGGCUGUGCUGCCAAGCAACGAUGGCCGCACCUGCCUGCACUAUGCAGCGGCUGGGGCAGGCAGCCGCGGCGCUUGCGAGCUGCUGCUGGCUGCGGGGUGUCGAGCUGACCAGCCUGACUCAUUUGGCCUUCUGCCAUGGCACCUUGCAGCGCAGCAG